AUGUGGUGGGGUGGACCACCCAUGCUGAAGACGAAUACGAUUGAAGAAGUGCAACUUGAACCGUUGGCGGAAGAAGACGUGCCGGAACUGAAGACUGAUAUCUCGCUGGUCGUCACUCCUCCGGUGGGGAGACUACUGCUAAAGGAGACGAUUAUCAGUGGGCCGCUAACUGUCUCGGAAUUGAGGACCGCUCUGUUGGUAACAGUACGGUGUGUGCAGAAGGAAUCGUUUCGUCAGGAGCUGCGAUUAAUUGCUGAAGGAAGUCAGUCGAAACACCGUCUCUGUGGUCUGAAACCGUUCAUCGAUCCAGACGAUGGUGUGUUACGCGUGGGUGGACGCAUCAAACGCGCUCUGGUGGCCUACGACAGCCGACACCAAAUGCUUUUGCCUGCUGGACAUCCAUUCUCGGUGGCAAUCUGCGUCAACGGUUGGCCGUUGAGAGUGAAGUCAACCAUACGGAAGGUCAUCGCUAGCUGCGUCACGUGUUUUAGAGCGAAUCCUAUGAAGACGUCCCAGCUCAUGGGAGAUUUACCAUCCUACCGAGUCCAACCAGCGCCGACCUUCGCCUACACCGGCGUAGAUUUCGCCGGCCCCUUUUUGAUAAAGUCGUUCACUGCAGGUCGCCGGCCACUGGUCACGAAGGCCUAUGUUAGUCUAUUCGUCUGCAUGCUGACUCGCGCGAUCCACUUGGAGUUAGUAUCGGACCUAACGACGAAUGCGUUUUUGGCUGCUUUGCGGCGGUUCACAAGUCGUCGGGGACUGCCUUGUAAGAUGUUUUCCGACAAUGCCACGAAUUUUGUCGGGGCACAGACCGAGCUUGAAGAGUUGGCGCGAUUAUUCAAGGAUCAACUGCAAGCAAAGAAGAUUACGGAUUAUUGCACAAGUCAAGGGAUCGAAUGGUCCUUUAUCCCGCCUCGGAGCCCCCACUUCGGAGGUAUUUGGGAGGCCGGGGUGAAGCAGGUGAAACACCAUCUGACGAGGAUUGUCGGUGGUUACAAACUGUCGUAUGAAGAACUCUACACUACGUUGACCCAAGUUGAAGCAGUCCUAAAUUCGCGACCUUUGGUACCGUGUUCGGAUGACCCAAAUGACUACACCGCGGUUACUCCAGCACAUUUUCUUAUUGGUCGGGAGAUGAAGGCAAUCAGUGAGCCGUCCUACUUGAACCUCAAGCAGAACACGCUUUCGCGGUGGCAGUUGGUACAGACCAUCUUCCAACAUUUCUGGCGAAGGUGGACAUCUGAAUACUUACCGGAGCUCCAAAACCGAUCGAAGUGGACGAAGGCAGUUGACAUCACCGAAGGGGCUCUGGUACUGAUGAUUGACCAAAGCGCGCCACCUUUCCAGUGGCCGCUCGGACGGAUUACCGAAUUACACUCUGGUAAGGACGGCGUAACCAGAGUCGUAACCGUGAAGACUUCGAAGGCCGAAUACAAACGGGCUAUAACGGAGGUAUGCCUACUGCCUUUGGAUGGCCAGUAA